UCUCAAUUGAACGGCUCCGCGGUCGGGCGAAAUUCCACCGGUCAGCCCGCCCGCCGUCCAUCACAUUGCAACCUUCCGUCCCGUGCUCAGAACUCCACAUAGCACCGGUCUCACUGUGAAGUUGCUCUUUCGUCAGUUUUCUGUCUUCAGCUUUGCACGGGGACUCGGCGAUCGAAAUUACGGCCGGGUGGGUUACAAUUCACUCGUUCUCUCUCUCCCUCUUCGUAUUCUCUCGUCUGGCGCCACAACGUCACAACGUCCCAGAGCACCUUUCCGGUGCCGUCUUACCUGACAACCUCCCCGACGACGAAUACGCAGCCAUGUUUGAGCUUCCUGACGCAAAGAGAGUCCGGCGAGAAGACCUCGGGGAGUCGUCCGACGAUGAAGGAGCGGACCACGACGAGCAGCAAAAUGCGGACCUCCUGGCGAAGCUGCAUGCCCGUAUGGCGGGCAUGCUCGACCUAGGCGACGACGCCGACGCCGACGCGGCCCCGACAGAAACGAUCGAGCAGCAACCAGCAACAGCGGCGACGAGCGGAGAAACGGCCGAGAAUGACGUUCAAGAAGACGAGCCCGAAGAGUUUGAGUUCCGGCUCUUCACCACGUCGAACCCGGCGACAAAGAUUGCGCUGGUCGACGAGGACGAGCGCGCGAUGGCGGGCGACGGAGCCAUGAUCCGCAAGAGGCCGCUGUCGUACUACAUCGCCGGGGAGCCGACGCCCGAGGUGAAGGCGGAGCUCGCUUUCGCGGCGGUGUCGGGCGAGGAGGUUCUCGAGCGGGCGCAGAGGCGGUGGUGGGGGAUGGAGCAGCCUUGGCGGGUGACGACGACUUCUGGUACCGGGGUAUCGUCAAAGGGAACAGCAGGAACAGCAGCAGCAGCAGAAGGAGAUGCUGGGAAGACAAAGGAAGAGGCGGACGCGGCGGCGGCGAGGAGGAGGCGGCCUGGGAAGAAGAAGCGUCUUGCGAUACGGGUCAAGCAGCGGGAGAGGGUGAAGAAGGCCGAGGAGCUGGAAAAGUUCAAGGCCGGUAAGGAGGAGGCGCUGAAGGAGAAGAAGAAGAGGCUGAACCGGUUGAAGAAGCUGAGGAAGAGGGCCAAGGCGAAGGAGGGGAAGAAUGGGGGCGGCGAGGGUGGUGGUGAUGGUGGUGAGUCGGGGUCUGGAUCUGACGGUGAUGAGUGAGGUAUCUGCAUGACUGUCUGUGGUCUUGAAUCGAUAGCUAGGUCAUCAUGAGCGUGCUUUGUUAGACGUUCCCUGUUGCAGAGGGAAUUGGACAGAGUCUAUUUGAGAGGGCAUGAGGGCAUUGUAGUUCAUGCGUGACAUCUGUGGACAUCCUUUUCUUUUCAUGUCUACAAGGUGUCCAUCACGGUUGGAUCUUGCGGCGAAAGAGCUCUUUGCAUCAUGGCAUGUAGCAGAAGUGCAAUGCUUCAGAGCGCUGGAACUCCAAUAUGUGACCUGCUAGGUUCGCUAGUAGAAGCAAUUGUAGAUGCCCAUGACAACACCAUCGACUACCAACAAGCGCCAACUUAAGGAAACUAGCUAUAUAUAUUGAGGCUCUUUGGGUACCCAUUUCCUGCCGGC